AGCGGCAAGCUAGCAGUAGCAGCGUGACCGGAUUGCUUGGUUGGAACUGCACUAGCUGGCGAGGCUAUGGCGGCGGCUCGCCGGGGAAGAAGCAGUGCAAGCGGCGUCGUACUCCUGUCGUGCCUGGUGGUGGCGCUGCUGACGGAGUCCUUCCCGGCCGCCGAGGCCGCGGGGACGACGUACUACGUCGGCGACGCCGGCGGGUGGGGCCGCAACCUCGAUUGGUGGCUCGCCGGGAAGACCUUCUACGCCGGCGACGUGCUCGUGUUCAAGUACAACAGGGAGUACCACGACGUGGCGGUGGUCGGCGGCAAGGGGUACCGGCGGUGCAAGGUGCCGAGGAGCACGGUGGUGCUGCGCAGCGGGUACGACCAGGUGACGCUCCGGCGGGGCAACAACUACUUCAUCUGCGGCAUGCCGGCCCACUGCGACGCCGGCAUGAAGCUCGCCGUCAAGGCGUUCUAGCCUAGCUACUUCACUUGCUCGAGAGAUAUGCCCCGCUGUGCUCGGAAAUCGGCUCGAUUUUCUGCGUUGCAAACAGAAACAGAGCGUGUGAUGUGUGGAGUUGAUCUGCUUUUGGUUUGUUUGUGAGGAGCAGUAGUAGCUUUUAGCUUUUGUGCUCAGAUGUCCUGUCCUCGUAUCGUCGGUAAACCCGUCGGCUAAUGUCUCCUCGUCGUGUUAUCAACGACUGAAGUGAAGUUUGAAUAUAAACUGUGAUGGAAGUUUG